AUGGCUAACUCAGUGGCUUUAGUGGUCCAAGCUGAACUGUUGCCACCUCAGUCCACUGCCUCGCUCUCUCCUUUCCCAUCCCUGCUCAGCUCAGGAGAAGAUGGCGAGGAUGAUAGGGAGAGAGGGGACCUUGUGGAAGGAGAAAAGGCAGCAGCAGACGGUGGAGAGGAGGUGGUUCUGGACAUGGUGACAUCAUCGGCGUCGGGCCAAGCCCAGCAACCCAAGCAGUCGGACCAUCCAUUCCAGUGUCUGGACUGUGGCAAGAGCUUCAGAUGGUCGUCUAGGCUGACUCACCACCUGCGGAGCCACAAUAAUGAGAGGCCCUACCGUUGCAACAUCUGCCCCAAGGCCUUCAAAGGUUCCUCUGCUCUACUCUACCACCAACGGUCUCACUCAGGGGAGAAACCUUACAAAUGUCAGGACUGUGGCAAAGCCUUCAAACGCUCCUCACUGCUCCAGGUUCAUCAGAGUGUCCACACUGGAGUGCGUACCUUCUUGUGCCCCUAUUGCCCCCUGACCUUUAAAUGGAGUUCUCACUACCAGUAUCACCUGCGCCAGCACACUGGGGAAUGCCCGUAUCCCUGUGACACUUGCCCCAAGGCCUUCAAGAACUCAAGCAGUCUACGGAGACACAAGAAUGUCCAUCUUGGUCUCAAGCCUUACACCUGCACAGUGUGUAGCAAAUCCUUCACUCAGUCCACAAACCUAAGGCAGCACAUGAGGAUUCAUACAGGCGAGAGGCCAUACAUCUGUGGCGAGUGUGGACGCAGCUUUACACACUCAUCAAACCUGGCCCUACACAAGAACUCUCACUCUAACCACAACUCGGGAGGGAAGGAGGGAAAGAGGGGAGAGGUCGCAAGGAAGGCAAAUAUGGAGGUGGUGGUAGGGGCAGAGCAAAUUACGUCAUCCAUGUUGACGGACAUGGUAGGGUUUGUAAGCCAAGAAGCAACUGAUGGAGUGGGGGUGGGGAUGGAAGAAGUGUUCCUGUCAACCACCCCGUCCGGACACAAUCCCAGCCUACUCCCGCAGCUGACCCUCACCCAAUCUGGCGAGGACGUGUGUGUAUCGAGGGCCAUUGGGACAGAGGUUCACCUGAGCACGGACACCGGGGCCAGUGUUCUACUUUACAGCUGUGGCAGCUGCAGCCACACCUUUGGCACCCAAACAGACCUGGAGGAGCACCAGUCCAUCCACAUGGCUCCAGAGGAGCACAGGGCCAAUGGGGAGGCGGGGCCUGGGACAGGGAUGGAGGUUGGGGAUGGACUUGUGGGAGCUGGACACCUGCUGGCUGACUUUGAGGAGGUGGUGGAGACUACCCCGGUAGUAGAAAAUGGACACACGACAGAGGUGCUCCUUGGUCUGACAGAGGUAGCAGAUAACAGCAAUGCAAAUGUGGGCACCACCCAGGCCCAGUUUGACCUGCUGCAGAGCUUCACCGAGGUGACUCAGAGCUCUGAGAGCGCUCAGCCAGAGGCUAGAACCACAUGGGCAGGGCUGUCAUGUGGCUACUGCAAUAAGACCUUCAAGACCAGUGGAGGCCUCAACAGACAUGUGUCACUGAUGCACUCUCUUUCAUCACAGUCCCGCUCUCAGUUCAGCUGCUCCGCCUGUGACCGCUCCUUUCCCCUUCUCUCCUCACUCCUCACCCACCAGCACUCCCAUACUCCUGAGCAGCGUCUUCUGGCUGAGGCAGAAGCUGAGAUAGUGUGCCCUCCAUCCCUGUCUCUGUCUCUCCCUUUGCCCUCCUCUCCCAGCCAGGCUGAUAAGCACCAGGAGGGCCAGAGGCAAAUCCACGUAAACAUCAUCACAGUUGGUGAAGAGCAUGAGGAUCAGCCGACAAAACUGGCCAAAGCCCUCAAAAAGACAGGAGGCAACAAGAGUGCUCCUGCUGGAGAGAGGCCGUACCGCUGUUCAGAGUGUGGAAAAGCUUUCAAAGGUUCAUCAGGCCUAAAGUACCACAUGAGGGAUCAUACUGGGGAAAGGCCCUACCGCUGCACUGAGUGUGGAAAGAGCUUCAAAAGGUCGUCACUACUUUCCAUCCAUCAAAGGGUACAUACAGGUGUACGGGCAUUUCAGUGCCCUCACUGCCCUCUCACUUUCAAAUGGAGCUCUCAUUACCAGUACCAUUUGCGGCAGCACACGGGUGAGAGGCCGUAUGUGUGUAAGGAGUGCGGCAAGUCCUUCAAGAAUACCAGCUGCCUUCGCCGACACAGUCAGAUGCACUCAGGACUGAGGCCUCAUAUCUGCUCCAUCUGCUCAAAGUCUUUCUCCCAAACAUCAAACCUCAAACAGCAUGAACGCACCCAUUCUGGUGAGAGACCCUUUCAGUGCACACAGUGCAAUAAAAGCUUUACACACUCCUCCAACCUUCAGCUCCAUCUUCGCACACACUCCUCACAUAAGGAUUUCAAAUGCCCGUACUGCUCGAAGGAGUUUGUCAUGCACUCUUACUUACAGAGGCACAUCCGUACUCAUGGCAGUGGUGUUCCAUUGCCCUGCCCUGGUGAUCGAGUUAAAGAUGGUGUUGCUGUGAAAGCCAAUGUCGGAGGAGUAACAACCACCACAACCCUGCUCAACCCCAUUACCCUGGAAACCUCAGGAAACAAUAGCAGCUUGAUUGUGUCCCAACCAGCACUUAAUAUUCCCCCCAAUACCUCCCAGAACUACUUUAUGAUUCAGACAGCCAGCGGCCUGCAGCUUAUUCCUCUGUCAUCCCCUACACCAGUCCCUCCACCUCCUCCACCACCACCACCUCUAUCCCAGCCCCAGAACUUCCUCCUCUUGCAGUGCCCCUCCAAUAACGGCAGCCAGCCCAGCUUAAUUCUUGUUCCCACAACAAACAACCCUCCACCAUCGCUGGAGCCUCAGACAUUGCCUGUACUCCAGACUGUUCAAGCACUUCAAACUGUCCUAAACCAAACACAGCCCCAGAUACCCCAGUUUUCAGCUGUGUCACAACAACGACAGCAAACCAGGAUCAUAAUCUCCAACAACAAUAACAAUGCAAACACUCCUGUUGCCACACCAACAAACACCCUGUCAUCUAACUCGCUACUGACUAAGCCCAUAUUAGGGAAAAGUACACGGACAGCACGGAGCAGACGGGGACGCAAACCAAAAGCUACUCUCCAGGCAUCUGCAACAGCUGCCGUCAGUGAAACUACAGGUGGAUUAUUGUCACAAACAAACUGUAGUGUGUCACAAAGUGUCACUAACACUGCCACAGGGUCAUCACCGUCAUCUGUAGCCACCAUUUCCUUGUCAACAUCUUGCACUACUAUCCCAACAUUUUCUUCUUCCACCUCUGUAGUCCCCACAGUGGACACCUCAGGGCCUGCAUCAGCUGUUACCGUGGUUACACCAGCAACCACAGUAGCCACGGCAUCCGUUUCUUCUCAUAUCCCUGCUACUCCAGAAAGGAAACCUCAUACCACUGUUGGUCAAUUGAGGACAAGGGAGACCAUUACAGGGAAACAGUUUGUGUUAUGCUUUGAAAACGAAGAAAAGGCAAAGGAGGGGAUAAAUAAUGAGGAGGGUGGCGAGUCAUAUGUUUUACAGUUUGAAGGGGAUGCAUCAGCUGAGACAGUUGAUGGGGGGGAGGGAAAGUCACUUGUGCUUCAGUUUAAGACAAAUGGGCAAGAUGAAGGAGAAGCAGGCAGGAAUAAGGAAGCGAUGAUGUCAUUUUUGCACAACUGGGGUGGAGAAAAGCAGGGUGAGACACAUGCAAGACAUGAAAGCAGUCAGGGAGAAUCUUAUGUCCUUCAUUUCCACACUGAGGCACAGGACAGUGGGUCGUCCACUGCAAACUUCACCCAAGGACAAGACAACAGCCUGCAGCUGUCCUGUUCAUCAACGCAAGGUUUGGUGCCACUUGAUGGGCAGGAGGUGGUCUUUGAACUGGGCGGUGAGACCAAAAUUGAGCAAGAAAAUGAGGGAAUGCAGAUGAUAGCCCUGAUAGAAGGUGAAGGGGGUAUGAUGAGAGAAGCCGGGGCGGGUUGCAGUGCUUCAAGUGGUAGUGUUGGUGAGGGUGGAGGGGCCAUGGAAAAUAUAUUUCAGCUGGAAAAUGGAGAGGAAAUUGUCAUAAUUGAGGUCAGCACUAGUAGCUUAAGGGAAGGGCGAAUGGAGCAAGGAGAGGAUGGAGGCAUCUCUCAAAGUAGUGAGGUAAAAUGUGAGACUGUUGCUGCAGAGGCAAACAAAAAGUCUGUAAAGGAACACCACCCUGCAGCCAGUACAGAGACACAGCCAUCCGCUGAAGACGCAACAAGAAACGGACCUAUAUCUAAUUCUGAAGAGAUGCACUUCUCUAACUAAAACCUGUGUGUGAGUGAGUGAGAGGACAAGACAGACGGUGAAGGAACGCUCAGCCUGUUAGCACUUUCAGUGAGUUCUCCUGGAGCAGAGAGAACCUGAAAUUAGAUGAGGAUUGUGUUGUAAUGCCAUGGUGCCACAUACUAGAAAUGUUAUACAUUCAAAUAGGCUGUACAUGGCCCUCAGUAUAUUCCUAAAUAUUAUGAAAUCUAAUAUUAGUUUAAAUGAUGCUAUCUUUGGCAGUUUGUUUAUGAAGUAAAAUACGUUUGUGAAUAAGUGUUGUAAAUGGCCUUUCUUCCCGAUGGUAAUAAAACAUAACUAAUUAUUAAUAAAUG